AUGGACUACCAGAAGCCCUACUCGGUGCAGGCCACCGCGGCCAUCGCGGCGGUCAUCUCUUUCCUCAUCCUCUUCACCAUCUUCGGCAACGCUCUGGUCAUCCUGGCGGUGCUGACGAGCCGCUCGCUGCGCGCCCCGCAGAACCUGUUCCUGGUGUCCUUGGCUGCCGCCGACAUCCUGGUGGCCACGCUCAUCAUCCCGUUCUCGCUGGCCAACGAGCUGCUGGGCUACUGGUACUUCGGGCAGGCGUGGUGCGAGGUGUACCUGGCACUCGACGUGCUCUUCUGCACUUCGUCCAUCGUGCACCUGUGCGCCAUCAGCCUGGACCGCUACUGGGCGGUGAGCCGCGCCCUGGAGUACAACACCAAGCGCACCCCGCGCCGCAUCAAGUGCAUCAUCCUCACCGUGUGGCUCAUCGCAGCCUUCAUCUCGCUGCCGCCGCUGCUCUACAAGGGCGACCCCGGCCCCCAGCCCCGCGGGCGCCCACAAUGCCAACUCAACCAAGAGACCUGGUACAUCCUGGCCUCCAGCUUCGGGUCCUUCUUCGCACCCUGCCUCAUCAUGAUCCUCGUCUACCUGCGCAUCUACCUGAUCGCUAGACGUAGCCACCACAGAGGUCCCAGGGCCAGGAGGGGUCCUGGGAAGGGUGAAUCUAAGCAGCCCUGCCCCGCCCCUGGGGGAGCGUCGGCCAAACUGCCGACCCUGGCCUCCCAUUUGGUUGCUUCUGAAGAGGCCAAUGGGCACCCUAAGUCCGCUGCGGAGAAGGAGCAGGGAGGGACCGCUGAAGACCCUGGAAACCCAGCCUUGCCAUCCAGCUGGCCUGCCCUUCCCCACGCAGACCAGGGUCCAAAGGAAGGUGUUUGUGGGGCGUCUCCGGAGGAGGAAUUUGAAGAGGAGGAGGAGGAGGAGGAAGAGGAGUGUGGACCUCAGGCCAUGCCGGUAUCCCCUGCCUCAGCUUGCAGCCCAUCCCUGCAGCAGCCGCAGGGCUCCCGGGUGCUGGCCACCCUGCGGGGUCAGGUGCUCCUGGGCAGGGGCAUGGACGCCGCAGGCAGGAAGUGGUGGUGGCGGCGGCGGCGGCGGGCUCAGCUGACCCGGGAGAAGCGGUUCACCUUCGUGCUGUCUGUGGUCAUAGGCGCCUUCAUGCUCUGCUGGUUCCCCUUCUUCUUCAGCUACAGCCUGGGCGCCAUCUGCCCGAAGCACUGCAAGGUGCCACAAGGCCUUUUCCAUUUCUUCUUCUGGAUUGGCUACUGCAACAGCUUGCUAAACCCUGUCAUCUACACCAUCUUCAACCAGGACUUCCGCCGUGCCUUCCGAAGGAUCCUUUGCCGCCAGUGGACCCAGACGGCCUGGUGA